CAAUGGGAGGCGGUCUACGGGCUCUCCCCCGACUCCCCCGCGCCCCCCGCCAACCUCUCCUUCCCCGCGCACGUGCCCCCCGCGCCCCACCUGGACGACUGCGCCAACCGCACGCACUGGCGCUGGCAGGUGGAGCAGCGCGGGGCGGACUCCUCUCCCCCUGACUGGACUAACCCCUCCGCCUGCUGCGGCUGCGCGCCCCAACCGCCCUGGGUACGAGGCACAGACGCGGCCAAUCUAGCUUUGACGCGUGUGGCGCAGAGGGACAUCUGGGCGAGCCAGUUCCCACCCGCCAACUGCACUGGGCAGCGCCUGCUAGUGGCCCCGUGGCCCGAUGCGGCCACGCACCCCAUCGGAGUGCAGCUGCUGGUGGCGACGGCAUAUCUGAGCAUGGCCAUGCACCACAACCGCACGCUCGUCAUGCUCCCUGGCUCCUUCUCCCGCGCCAACCACUCUGCAUGCAAAGCUGUAGGGCAGGAGGGGUCGUUCGACUGCUACUUCCUGCCCAUGACGGCACAGGCCUGCACUGACAGGGCUGUCGCUGCAAUGGCCGCCACAGCAGCAGCAGCACAGGGCACAGCGGUAGGGGCAGCAGCAGCAGCAGCAGCAGGAGCAGAAGUAGAAGCAGGGGCAGCAUCGGCAGCAGCUCCUGCGGCAGCAGGGGUGGGUGCGGAGGGAGUGGCAGGGGAGGGGGUGGAGGAGGUGGUGGUGGUGGCGGAGGGUGGCAGCAAGGCCACAGUGCUAGCAUCGGAGCAGCCAGUGGUGCUGCUCAAUGAUACCUCUCACCGGGACGACUGUGAUGCCGUCAGGCUGUGGGGCUCGCCGCAUCGCAACCGUCCGAGUGUGGUGGAGCUGGCGGGCAAGAUGCACCCACUCAACGAGGCCCAGCUCAAGCUGCGCUGGUGGCAGGCACAGGCACUGCGCUUCCUGCUGCGCUGGCCCUCCUUGCACCUGUGCCACGCCAUCAACCGCAUGCGCCACGCGUCCUACGGCCUCUCAGUCGCCUCUCAGGUGGCAGCAGUGACCACACAGCGUGCAGCCAUCAUCGCAGCACUAGCGAGCAACAACGUGCACCCCGCGUACGCGUCCAUGCGCAUGAACGGCAGCGACGAGGCCAAGUACCUGCAGUCCUUCAACUUCUCGCACUCGCAGAGCCUCGAGGCGGACGUGUGGCCGGGCGAGGGCUUUGAAGGGUGCUACCAGUACAAGGGCCCGGGGCCGGCACGGGUGGAUCGCGUGUACGAGGCGGUGGGGCGGGAGGUGUUUAUGAUGCGGCCUGUCGUGGGGCUGCACGUGCGACAGGUGGAGGACGCGGGCAGCAAGGCUAGUGUGCGGUCUCUGGCGGGGUUCAUGUUCUCGCUCUAUGGCAUGCGCAAGCACGUGCCCUCGCUCACUCAUGUGUGGCUCAGCUCCAGACUGCAGCUGGACAUAGAGCACUCGAAGCAAUUCCCCGACUGGAACUUUCUGCACUCAGACCACCCGCGGCAGAGCGCCCCGCAGGCAGUAACAGAGUACGAGAAGCAGGUGGGGCUGCAGGUGAGCGUGGGGGCGAGCCUGGCGAACCUGCUGGUGGCGGCGGAGAGUGACUACUUUGUGGGCACGCUCAACUCGCACUGGAGCCGCCUCAUUGACGCACUCAGGAGCACCAAUGGCCGCCUCUUUGCUGGGUUCGUGGCCGUGGAAGAGUGGUGA